AUGUCAGAAAGGAGCUCGGUCUUUACAGAGGCUUCUCGCCUCUCAACCAUCCCCAAUGAAAAGAAAUUAACUCAAGAUGAAGUGGUUUUUUUACUCAAUUAUUUCACUACAAAUACUAAUCAAGUAGCUAAUGCGGAGUUAGCCCUCACUGUCUGCCUAACUGAUAACAUGAAACUCGACUAUUUGAGGACUUUUAGAAAGCGCAAGAGUCCCGAAGAUGACAAUCAAUUUGCAAUUACCGAAGGAAUGAAAACAUUUGCCAGUGUACUCCCAUGGAACAAGUUGAACGCAAUCCCAUCUUCUCAAUCCAUCAUAUCUCUUCCCAACAACAUCCGUUUUCUUAAUUCUAGUAAGCUUGGUUCAAAAAUUUUCGUUCGGAAAGCAUUUAAGGAACUUUGGGAGAUUAUAAGUAUACAGCAUCCUGGACAUGAUUUCCUGAUUACAGGAAAUCCAGGAACAGGCAAAACCUUUUUUAAUCUUUUCUUAUUAUACAUACUUGUUGGAAUUGGUAAGACGGUGGUCUUUCAGAUGAGUCCUGAUCAAGAAACAUGUUACAAAUUCAGCAAUGGGGCUGUGGAGCUUACAACAAUACAACACUUGCGUGUCGUCCUUGAUGACCCACAAGUAUAUUAUCUUUUAGACACUAUGGAACCUCAAAUAAAACUAUGUAAUGCCCGCAAGAUUGUUGUAUCUUCGCCGAACAGAGAACGAUACAAGGAAUAUGAAAAAGAAAAUUUAGUUGAUACAAGGAUAAUGCCGACAUGGGAUUUGGAAGAACUGGAAACCCUCCAUCAGAGCAUCUAUCUUAACACAGACUUUAUUAAGCUGAGAGAACUUUACUCUUUAUGGGGUGGAAUCCCUAGAUAUGUU